AUGGCUUCCGACGACAACGGCCCGCCCAUGACCAUUACCAUGGUCGUGUGCACCGUGGCAUCCUUCUGCUUCAUGAGCUUGCGCUUCUACUGCAAGCAGGCGCUGGGCACCAAGGUCGGCAUCGACGACGCCAUCCUGGCCUUCUCAUGGCUGCUCUUCCUGGUCUUCGUCAUCAUCUCCAUCUACUGCACCAAGCUCGGUCUGGGCAAGCAUGUGAGCGACCUCACUGACAUGACGCUGCUGCCGCAGCUGCUCUACCUGCUGCCCAUUGGCCAGUUCUUCGCCGUGCUCUCCGUGGCCGUGUCCAAGUCGUCCUUCAUCAUCACGCUGCUGCGGCUGGUCACCCAGCCGUGGCAGAAGGCGGCGCUGUGGUUCAUGUUGGCCACCAUCAACGCGUCCAUGCUGUCCAUCUCCAUCGUGCAGUUCUUCCAGUGCGCCGUGCCCCCGACACCCGGCUGCGUGGCCGGCGACCAUGUCAUUGGGCUCGGCGUCUUCGCCGCCGGCUACUCGGCCGUCAUGGACUUGGUGCUCACGGCCUUCCCCACCGUCGUCAUCUGGAACCUGCAGAUGAAGAAGCGCGAGAAGAUUGGUGUCAUUGCCUCGAUGAGCCUCGGUGUGGUCGCCGGAGUGGUCGGAAUCUACAAGUCCUCGACGAUCCCCGCCGUCUCGCGCAACGUCGACUUCACACACGGCACGGCGAUAGUGCUGAUCUGGCUGGUAGCCGAGGUCACGGCCACGGUGAUCGCGGCGUCGAUCCCCUUCUACCGGCCGCUGGUGCGCAGGGUGUCCCGGACGGGCAACAGCAAGGGGUCCUACGCCAUGGGCGGCAUGGGCGGCCGCAGCGGGCACAGCAAGCUGGGCAGCAGCGCCGACGUCAAGGGCGCCCCGGCCUACGGCGACGACCACGACAGCGACCGCGACAUCAAGCCCCUCAACUCCCACACCGUCCGCCGCACCGACGCCUACACGGUCGAGUACGACAACAUGUCGUCCACCGAGGCCGGCACGAACAAGCCCACGGGCCGCCGGGAAAUGUUCUGA